AUGGGCGAAGAACAGGAGAAGAAGCCCAAAACUCCGGCGCAGCUGAAGAAGGAGGCCGAAAAAGCGGCAAAGUUGGCCAAAUUCGAGGCCAAGCAGAAGAAGCAGCAGGAAGAGAAGGCCAAGGUCAAGGAUAAGGCGCCGAAAAAGGAGCUGAAGAAGGAUGUUAUCGAAUACACUGGAAAUACCAAGCUCGGCGAGAAGAAAGGUGGGAUUUUUGUCUAUUUUUGUUCAACUUUUAGGUUGUGAGAGCUGAUUUGGGAUGUGUGUAUAUUUAUUUUUGGAUAUGGAGGUAUUUUGCGAAAAAAUUUUUACGAGGGAGCUGGACUUAUAUUGCACUUGAUCUUGCGUAAUAUAAUAUUUUGUUUUGUUCUGCAUGGACUUGAAAUGCACUUUAAUACUUGCGAUAAGUCCCAGAAAAUUAAAUGAGAAGUUUGUUUUCCAAUUUUCUCCACGAAAUUUGCUUUUUCUCUCAAUUAUAUUACACUUGACCUUAUUGAGAAGUUGAGUUUAUUGCUCUCGAUUUUUUUCGCAUUUUUUUGUUUCUUAUGAUUUAUUUGUUGAUUUAAGAGCUUUUCCACGCUUUUUCGAGAGAAAAUCGAUUCACGGCUCAACUAGUAUAAUAUAAUUUUUUGUUCGAUUUCUUGAAUUUCUGUUGACGGGAUGUUUUUUUAGAUAUCAAGAGUGAAUUUCCGAAUGCUUAUAGUCCUAAGUAUGUGGAGACAGCAUGGUAUGAAUGGUGGGAAAAGGAAGGAUUCUUUCGACCUGAGUAUGGACAAGAAGAUCCGAGGUAUAUUUUGUUUUUUUGAUGUUUAUUAGUCAGUUAUGAGCUAUUUGUGAUAUUUAGUCAAUAAUAAUUCCAAUUUUUUUACAGUAAACCGAAUCCAAAGGGAUCCUUUACAUUGGUAAUCCCACCUCCAAAUGUGACUGGAACUCUCCAUUUGGGCCACGCUCUGGCCACUUCGAUGGAAGACACUCUGUGUAGAUGGUAGGUUAUCUCUUUAUUUUUGUUUUUCUGUUUUUAGAUCAUUGGAAUAUUGCAAAUUUCGAAGUAGAUAUCUGAUGUCUAAAGUAAUAUAAUUCAGGCAUCGAAUGCACGGCAAGACUGUCUUGUACAAUCCGGGAUGUGAUCAUGCUGGUAUUGCGACUCAAGUUGUGGUGGAGAAGAAGCUGGCCCGAGAGCAAGGAAUCACUCGCUACGAUCUGGGCCGAGAAAAGUUCAUCGAAGAGGUGUGGAAGUGGAAAAAAGUGUAAGAACUUGGAAUUUUGGAGGGAAUUAAGAUGAAUUUGAGUAUGGAAUAGAUAACUGUUGAUGCUGAGGUGGUUUUGAGACAUUUUUGAGUGCGAUGAAAAUGGGUUUUCAAUUUGAAAUUUUGAUUUUUUUGGACUUUUUCGGGAAAAGAUGGAUUUUUUUUGAAAUUUUGGUAAAUUUAAUGGUCUAAAGUUAUAAAAAAAGGUCUCUAAUAGAUGUGAGAGACUGUCAUAAUGUUUUUUAAAAAUUAAAUUUUCCAAUUUUAGCAAGGGGAUCGCCAUCUACGACCAGUUCCGUCGAAUGGGCGCCUCGGUGGACUGGGACCGCGCCGUCUUCAUGAUGGACCCGAAAUACGUGCGCGCCGUGAACGAAGCCUUCAUUCGGAUGUUCGAGAAGGGCGUCAUCUACCGCUCCACCCGCCUGGUGAAUUGGUGCUGCGCCCUGCGCUCGGCCAUCUCGGACAUUGAAGUGGACAAGAAGGAGCUGAGCGGCAGAACCCUGCUGCCGGUCCCCGGAUACGACGAACCCGUCGAAUUCGGCGUCCUGACCUCAUUCGCCUACAAGCUGGCGGACAGUGAGGAGGAGAUUGUGGUCGCAACCACUCGUAUCGAGACCAUGCUCGGCGAUGUUGCUAUUGCUGUCCAUCCCCAAGAUGAGAGAUACAAGAAGUUUGUGGGCAAGGUGAGGAGAUUAGAGGGGUUUUGGGAAUAAAAAAGAGUUUUGGAGAGACUAAAGAGGGUUUGUGGAGAUUAUUGAGGAAAAAUUGAUAUAACGGCAAAAUUUUUUUUCGAUUAUUUGGAAAUUUUUUGUUGGUUAUAGGUUUAGUUUUGAAUGUAAAUUGUUUGAAAAGGUAUUAUCGUUCUGUAUAAACUGGAUUUGAGGUGGUUUUUGAGCAGAGAUGACUUUAUAUUAGUUUAGAAAAAUUUUUUAUUUUUUAUUUUAUUGUUUUUUGUAUGAGAAAAGGUUUUAUAUCGGGUUUUUAGGAUGUGUAAGAUGAUUCUACAUGGUUUUAAAUAUGAUUGAAUAAAAAUUUUAUAUUACUUUAGACAUCAAAAAAAAUUUUUUUUUGGUCAAGAUUUGUUUUUUUUGGCCAAAAAAGGAGAUGGAUUUCCUUUUCAUUGCUGAAAAGAGUAUUUUCGGUCAUUAGAAAUUGGAUUCGGUCAUAAUUUUAUAUUACUUUAGACAUCAAGUUCAAUUUCAGUUCGCGAAACAUCCAUUCCUCGACCGAAAACUGCUGAUCGUCGCCGAUGACUUUGUGGAGAGGGACUUUGGAACGGGCGCCGUGAAGAUCACGCCCGCCCACGACCCCAAUGAUUACGAGGUGGGAGUGCGGCACAAUUUGGCCAUGAUCAACAUCCUCUCGGACGAGGGGAAACUGCUCGAGAAUUGCGGGAAAUUCUCGGGACUGCCCCGCUUCACGGCCCGCAAACAAGUGACGGCGGAGCUGGAGUCGCUGGGACUUCUCCGGGGCUCCGUCGACAACCCCAUGGUGGUCCCGGUGUGCAGCCGCUCCAAGGACAUCAUCGAGCCGGUCGUGAAGGCCCAAUGGUACAUAAAAUGCGCGGAAAUGGGCAAAAAGGCGGUGGAUGCGGUGAAAAAAGGCGACCUGAAACUGAUCCCCUCCUAUCAUGACGCCACUUGGUAUAGGUGGCUGGAGGAUUCCCGGGAUUGGUGCAUCUCCCGCCAGCUCUGGUGGGGCUUCCAAAUCCCCGCAUACUUUGUGAAAAUCAAUGAAAAAGGAGCGGAACAGGGAGAGGACACGGAUGGCAACUUUUGGGUCUGCGCGAAUACCGAAGAAGAAGCCAAGGAAAAGGCCUCGCAGAAGUUUAAGGUGCGGAGUUGGGGGUUGAGGAAGAUAGGAUAGUUUGGGAAAGAAAGAGUUGAAAGGAGAUUUCACGUCAAUCCAAAAUAGAAGAAAAAAUUUCCCGCCCCUUUUUGGUGAUUCGUUCAAAACGAAAUGAUAAAACGCACUUUCCUAUCUUUCUUCUUUCUUUUCGAGAAAAAACAAUUGUUUCGGACGAGAAAAAGUGCCGAUAAUUUCGCGACAUUUCGUCUCUCAUUUAAAUCAAUGAAAACGAUACGAAGUUUCGAAACGGUUCAGGAAAUACGCUGGAUUGACGAGAAAUUUCACAGAGAUUUCACCUCAAUCCAGUUUCAUGAACCGUUUCGAAACUUCGUAUCGUUUUCAUUGUUUAAAAGAGAGACGAAAUGUCCCGAAAUUAUCGGCACUUUUUCUCGCCCGAAACAAUUGUUUUUUCUCGAAAAGAAAGAAGAAAGAUAAGAAAUGCUUUUUAUCGGACAGUGGCAUUUCGUUUUGACCGAAUCACCAAAAAGGGGCGGGAAAUUUUUUCUUCGACAGGGUGGAUUGAUGUGGAUUUGAUUUCAAUGAAAAAAAUUUGAAAAAAUAAAUAAAUUUCGAUCAAAAAUUCUCGAUGGGGCUCUAAAAACCGCAAAUUAAAAAUUUCACAUUUUUCUUCGGUCAUUACACUGUAAAUCUCACGCCAAUUUUUAUUAAAAUCAGCUAAAAAAAGUUUUUCAUUUUUUUGUGCAGAGUGCAAAAAAUAAAAAAAGAGCAAUGUAAGGAGUUUUGGGAGGAAAGAAUCAGUUUGGAAGUGAUUUGGAGGAAGUUUUUAGUUGAAAAGUGAAAUUUGAAAAUUUUGAUUUUUUUUUUGAGAUUUAAAAAAAUUGUCAAAAAUGAUGGAUUUUCUGUUUUUGGAACUCCAGAAUUAUUUAUAAGAAAUCAGACUAAUAAUUGUGGAGCUCCAAAAACAAAAAAUCCAUCAUUUUUGACAAUUUUUUUCAAAAAAAUCAAAAUUUUCAAAUUUCACUUUUCCACUAAAACUCCCUCUAAAUUACUUUCAAACUGAUUCUUUCCUCAUAAAACUCCUUACGUUGCUCUUUUUUUUAUUUUUUUGCACUCUGCACAACAAAUUGGAAAGCUUUUUUUAGCUGAUUUUAAUAAAAGUUGGCGAGAGAUUUGCAGUGGAAUGUCCGAAGACAAAAUGUGAAAUUUUUAAUUUGCGGUUUUGAGAGCUCCAUCGAGAUUUUUCGAUCGAAAUUUAUUUAUUUUUUCAUAAUUUUCCAGGUCUCCAAAGACAAGAUCUCCCUCCGCCGAGAUGAGGACGUCCUGGACACCUGGUUCAGCUCGGGCAUGUGGCCAUUCGCUUUGUUUGGAUGGCCCGAACAGACGCAGGAUUUGAAGAGGUUCUUCCCCGGGAAUGUGCUCGAAACUGGCCACGAUAUUCUCUUCUUCUGGGUCGCGAAGAUGGUGUUCAUGGCACAGGAAUUGACUGGACAACUUCCGUUUAGUGAGGUGAGGGAUUUUGAGAAUUUUUUUUUGAAUAAAUUUUUUAAAAAUUUUUUGGGUAAUUUUUUUUUUUAUUUUUUGGGUAAUUUUUUUUUGUAUUUUUUGCGAUUUUUUGGGUAUUUUUUUUAUUUUUUGAGAUUUUUUGGGUAUUUGUUUUUAUUUUUUGGGUAUUUUUUUUAUUUUUUGAGAUUUUUUGGGUAAUUUUUUUUCAUUUUUGGGUUAAAAUUUUAAAAUUUUUUUUUGAUUUGAUUUUUGAUAUUUUUUUAAUAAAGUUUUCUUUUUUUAGGUCCUACUUCACGCCAUGGUCCGCGACGCGCACGGCCGCAAGAUGAGCAAGAGUUUGGGGAACGUGAUCGACCCCCUGUACGUGAUCCAUGGCAUCACCCUGGACGAGCUCCAAAAACAACUCGAAAACAGCAACCUAGACCCAAAAGAAGUGGAAAAAGCGAAAGCGGGACAAGCCAAGGACUACCCCAACGGGAUCCCGGAAUGCGGAACGGACGCGCUCCGCUUCGCGUUGAUGGCCUCGAACAACGCCGGAAGGGAUAUAAACCUGGACGUGCUGCGAGUGCACGGAUACCGCUGCUUCUGCAACAAGAUCUGGCAAGGCACCCGCUUCGUGUUCAUGCAGCUGGGAGAGGAAUAUAAGCCAUCAGAAGCCUUCAAAGUGACCGGCCAUGAAUCGACAGCCGAUCUAUGGAUAAUGUCCAGACUGGCGUCGGCUGUGGAGCGAUCCGAAAACGGAUUCAAAAAUUACAACUUCCAGGACGUAACCACAGCCCUGUACAACUUUUGGCUCUACGAGUUUUGCGAUGUCUACUUGGAAGCCAUCAAACCGGACAUGGCCAAAAGUAGGUGCAAGGAGAAGGUUUGAAUUGAAAAAAAUGUGGUCUAUGGGUGGUAUUGUGAAGAAAAAGAGGAGAAAAUGAGUUUAGGAAGGUCUCAGGAUAUGAUUGAGUCGAAUUUUAGUCAAUUUCAGGGGGUGUUGCAGAAUGCCAAAAUUUGGCGGGAAAUUUUGAAUUUGAAUUUUUUGGGUUGAAAUGUGGAUAAGAUGGAGAUUAAGGGAUGUUUUGAUGAUAAUAGAAGGGGAAUUGAAUUUUUUUGAGCCUUGAAACACAAUGCCAAAUAGUGGCGGGAAAUUUUAAUUUUGAAUUAUCCACUGGAAAAUGGCAUUGAAAUUGAUGAAAUUCUUUGCAGAAGACCCCAAGAUCACCGAGACGAUCCGUGCCAUCCUCUACACCUGCGUGGACGUCUUCCUCCGCCUGAUCUCUCCAUUCAUGCCCUUCAUUACCGAAGAAUUGUGGCAACGACUCCCGAAACGAGCCUCUGUGACAUGGCCAAGUGUUGCCGUCGCCGAAUACCCACACCCCGAGCACUACAAGCAUCUGAGAGCCGAGAAAUUGGAGAAGGAAAUGGAUUUGGCCAUGGAAAUUGUGAAGAAAAUCCGAUCCAUCCGAACUGAGAGGAAAAUUCCAAACAAGACCAAAAUUGAUGGUAAGAAUGGGCGAAUUUUAGGUUGAUUUUAGGGUCUAGAGAAUGUAGAAGAUUUAGGGAAUUUAAUACGGGGGAAAAUGGGACAGUUUUUGGAGAAUUAUGGCCACAGCGGACGAUUUUAUCGGCCAAGACCAUCUAUUUUUGGGGAAAUUUUUUAUUUAUGAAAAUUCUAAGUUUUAUUGGGCAAAUUGCUGGGACAUUUUGGCCUUAUUAAAGAGUAAAUGGACUGUACUUUUGUUUUCAGUGCAUGUGGAGUCGACCGACGCGGAAUUGAAGCCAUUCGAAGCCGUUAUUUCCACCCUAUCCUUCAUCAACCAGAUUUCGUUUGGCCCUCAGAAUGGCCACGCCGAUUGGGAAGCUGUGGAAAUCAAAGAGAACACCAAGAUUUUCAGCCCAUUCGCUUGA